AUGGAGGUCAAAUCAACAGCUGUCAAGCAGCAUGCUCACUCGUCUCCGUCUUCGGACACAACUUGGGUGGAUUAUUCUCCUUCAAGCAUACGUCCUUACCUCUAUCUGGCACGAGUGCAUAAUCCUGCUGGAACACUCCUGCUGUUCUACCCAUGUGCAUGGUCGGUCACCAUGGCCUGCUACGCACACAGCGCACCGAUGUCGACGGUGUGGACCUAUGUCGGAUUGUUCCUUGCUGCCGCCCAAGUGUUCCAUGCUGCCGGCUGCGUGAUCAAUGACAUGUGGGACAAAGAUGUCGACGCUGCCGUUCCGCGAACAAGUACGCGACCUUUGGCUUCGGGUGAUGUCUCGAUGUUCCAGGCAUUCGUGUUCCUUAUUCCACAGCUGGCUCUUGGCGUGUGGCUGUUGAUGCAGUUGAAUGAAUACAGCUUGCGACUUGGACUUUCGUCCCUGGGCCUGGUCGUGUUGUAUCCUGCCAUGAAGCGGGUGACCAAUUGGCCGCAGGCAGUGCUUGGCAUGUGCUUCAACUGGGGAGCACUACUAGGUGCGGCUUCAGUUGUUGGAGCAGUUGACUGGCAUGUGUACAUUCCUCUGUACCUUGGAGCUGCCUGUUGGACAAUUGUAUACGAUACUUCUUAUGCUCGUCAAGACAGAGAUGAAGACGCCAAAUAUGGCGUGCGCUCCACCACCAUUAUCUUUGGAGAUCAGAUCCGCCCUAUUCUCGCGCUGUUCUCCCUCAUUGUUUGUUCUCUGGUGUCGUACGCUGGAUACUGCAAUGGCCAUGGCUUGCCAUUCUUCGCCGGCGUUGCUAUGGGCGGACUUCAUCUUGCCCGACUCCUUGCCAGGACAGACUUUGAAAACAAGGAGAGCUGCGACGCUACUCUUCUCAGUAACGCUUGGUUCGGCUUCUGGGUCUGGGCGGGAGCUUUCGCCGACUUUGUUCUCAAAACUCAGCAAUUCUAGAUGCAAUGCUUUUCUUCGAUAUUUCUGAUUUUUCUUUUACUCGCAAUACACUUUAUCGUGCGCCGUAGAGAUGUAUUUCAUGGUGACGACCAUGACCUCCAUGAGGUCAAGCAUAUAAAUCGGAAUGGCACCAUCUUAUGAGGCACCCGAACUAGGAUUGGCUGUACAAAAAGUAUCAAAUUGGAUAGAUCGAUUGAAUGGCGUAGAUGAUAUAUAUAUAUUGUUUACGUUCAUGUGCCGAGUGAUGCGGGGUGAUCAAGACACAGCAUGUACGUUUAAUUGCUCUGAGGUUGCCAGGUUCCGUCUUUGUGAUGUAGUGUAUAUAGGCGAUGGGUAUUACGGUUGACCGGUGGACGUAUACAUAGCCAUAAGAUUUAAUCUGGAGUCUGCAAUCCGAUAGAUGCGAGCCUGUGCGAGGUAAGUACAAGACUCAAUAAUGAGAUACGAAUUAAAGAAUAUAUGUGCCCCACUUUUAACCUAAAAUAUCCAACCAGAAGCCA